AUGGACAGUGAAAAGGUCAUCAUUCGAUUGCUCCACAGUGGUCAAUUCAUGAAGACUAAGUACAUUGGUGACAAGUGUGAAAUGUAUGAUGUCGAACGUGACUAUUUCUCCUACUCUGUGCUGAUGGAGUUUGUUAAGGAGCUGAAAUAUGAUGAGAUUGGAGGCGUGUACAUUAAGCUCAGAGGCUGGAAGCUUGUAACAGAUGAUAAAGGUGUAACUGAUGCAACUAAUGGGAGAGCAGAAAUUGAUUUUUACAUUGACAACAAUGUCGACCCAAAUGUGCCGCCAAUGAAGCAAAUGCAACCCCAUGUCAUUAUAAGGCCAAAAUCAAGCCCUUUUAAAGUGAAGGAAAAGAAUGCCGAGAAGCGGACUUCUGUAACACUACAAAACAUCAAUGCUGAGAAAACACGGAGAAUGAAGGACAUGAAUGUUGAGAAGGAACGACUAUUAAUCACAAAGAAAAAACUGGAGUUCAACCAUGAAGAUGCGAAUCUUGUAACAGUGGAACCAAGUCCAAAAGUUAUAGUGAAUGACGUAGAUGGAACUGGAACUAGUGCUGGACAAGCUUGUUUAGUCCAAUCUGGAGGAGAUAAAGAGAUGGUAAAGCCAGUUGAAGGUGAGGGAUGCAAUGAGUACGAAAUGCAACGGAACUUGAAUGUUGCAAAAAAUCAAGAGAAGCUUGCUGCCCUUGGAAUACCUUUACUAACUAAGUCAGUUAGUGAAAAGGCCGAAAAAAGGGAAUUGAAGCAACCAAAUGAAGAUGGUGGUGAAAGUGAUUACCUUCCCACUAACGAAGAUGCGGGUGAAAGUGAGAAUGAUGAGGCUGAUAUUGCUACUUCAAAGAAAAUUAAAAAGACCAAGAGGCAGAGAGUAGUUCAGAGCAGUACAAGGGGCCCAAGAACUCGUGGCCAAGCUGCUAAAUUGGUGAAUAAGGAAGCAGCUUCGGAGCCGCUUCCCAGAGAGAAAAAUGAUGCACCCGUGCUUACUGCAAAAGAAAAGCUACAAGCUUUAAAAUCUGUUCCUGGUUCCAUGCUUGCUUAUAAUCAAUUAAGAGAACGUGAGAAAUCACAAAUUGAGAAGGAGAUCCCGGAGGGAGAGUCUGGAACGCAGCAAAUGAUGGCUGAAUCAGGUAAUUUUUUUUUCAAUUAG